AUCCGAUUCGCUACUUGUAUUUCAAUUUAUCAAUGUUCAGUUUGAAACACUCCCAUAAUUUUAUUGUGCAUUUAUUAGAACGAAAAAUGUGCUGAAAUCAGUAAAUAAUAUUCCAAAGUAAAUUUACGACUAUGAGUUUAUGACAGUUUUUAUAUUGAGUUACGAGACGAAAUGUCGAAGGCCGUGCUUAUUCCGGAGUGUAAUAAGGAUAUUGGGGGUAUAAAAGAAGAGAUAUGUAUAUCACCAAGUGAUAAAAAGGAUGGUGCGAUAGGUUUGAUCAGUAGGUUUUUUAGACUUGAUGCUCUUGGUAAGAGGCACAGUGCUGAUAGUCCACCAGCCACGGAGACUUCAGCAAAAUAUUAUGGAGUUUAUAUACCUUGUGAGGAUAAAAAGGGGCCAGAUGUAGAGGCUAUACAUGUAUAUGAAAAUAAAUUGGAAGCAAUGGAACUGUUCCGUCGGUACAAAUCAGCGAGGUUCAAAGUAUUCAGAUCACACAGGGAUGCUGUUUCCUUUGCUCUCAGAGGUGCAGAGCCGGUCGAGAUUCAUGAAGGGAACGGAAACUCGUUAAUGGGGGAGAAACCGUACCCGUUCAAGGCGCCUUCGCCUCAAGAUAUGGUGUCGUUGCGGAAGGCGAUAGAGUCUGGUUUAGCGGAGACUGUGAAGGAUCGCAUAUGGUCUAACCCGAGAUACCUCGUCAGCAGUGGAAAUACACCGGCAAUUCUUCAAGAAGGAGCUCGUUACAAUGCACUUCACAUAGCAGCAAAGUCAAAGAACGCUGAAAUAUGCAACUUAUUAUUGACAACGGUUGGAAACCCUGCUUUCGUACAGACCUUGUAUGGUAUGGACGCUGAUACUGACUCCUGUAAGGAGUUCGCGACAAUUCUAGUUGACAGAUAUCUAAACACACCGGAUAAGGCAAUGAAUGAGACCCCAUUGCACUUCGCGUCAAAAUUUGGAGCUGAAAAUGUUGUCGAUGUACUGACGUCAUUUCCGCAGUGCAAUAAGAACACCAAGAACAAACAUGGAGAAACGCCGGCGGAUGUGGUAUGCAGCCGCAGCUCGACCGCAGGCGAGGGGACGUCCCAGCGUAUCGUCAGUAUGCUGCGCGAGCGGUUCUACGUGCCCGUGCUGCACUCCGAGGACGGCAGCGCCGCGCCCACCAUCGGCCUGCCCUUCACGCCCGCACAGCCGCCGGAUUUAAACCAAGAUCCCCUGUCUCCCCGCUACGAGAUCAGAGCCUUUGCUGGUCCCAUGGAGGCGAAUGAUGCAGAAUCCUUCCGAAGACGAUGGAAAACACCUCCUCGUUCAGCUCGACCCACCUUCAGGCUCAAAGAAAUGACCAAGGGACUGGAGACGGUUGGCAGAAACUUGGCGGAGCAAAUGAAAGUGGGUUGGAAGGAAUACUGGCCGUUUUUAGACACGUUCACAGAUCUCAGAUCACCUGAAGGUCUUUUGCUAUUAGAAAACUAUCUCAAAGCCAAAUACGAAACGGCUUGCUCUUUCGCAUACAGUGACAGUAUUCAAUCUCUUCAAUCACCAGACGAUUUGUCUAUCUCGAGGAUUAGUUUAGGAAAUAUAUCCCCACAGAGUACCGAUACGGCGUUAAGUCCAAUAUCCGAACUGUGUGUGGCGAUGAAAACCUGUCAGAUCACUGACAGGCCUUAUUAUAAAAAGACAGAUCCAAUAAAACAAAGAUUGUGCAGACAGCCGAAUCCCAAACCAGUUAUAGCAAACGGUGAAUCCUCUCCGCCUACAAACCAUUCGGUCAGUAGAUUGUUAUGUAUAGAAAGGACGUGCCAAGUGUUCGCUAAGAGAAUAGCCGAUGCGUUAAUUUUCUCUCUAACUGCGGAACCAGAACUAGCCGGAGAAUCCUUAAAAUCCGAAGCGAAACAUCUCCAACACACAAUAUUUACUUACAUGGACGACGAACGCUUCAAAACAAUAGAUUUCGCUCUAAUACACUCGAGGUUAGCUCAGCUAGUAGUUUUUAAGAUGAAACAACAAACGAAGGACCUGGAUGAUAUAAAUAAUUUAGUGGGGUUUUUAGUAAAGUUGAGGUGUCCAAAUGAUGAUAUUUUUAGUUCGGACGAUGAGAGGAAACCGUUUACGUAUAGGACAAAUAGAGUCAAGAUGAGUCACGUUAUAGACGGGCACGUAAGGUGCUUGGCGAGUUUUAUUUGUGAAGAAUUGACGGAGACUGAAGUUAUGAAGGCGCCUGCGGUUUCCGAAAUCGAAUGUACAGAAAUAUGGGAAAGGGCACGGAAAUGUAGGUGCGAUUGGAAAAUUGAGGUUUUCGAGAGAAAUAGCAAGAGAAACGCAUCGUUUAGGAAAAAUAGAUCUAUGUUGUCGACUAGUCCGAAGAGUGAGAGCUUUAUCAGGCGACUCAACUUUGAUCAGGAUAUUGGUAAUGUUGUUACCGGUGAUGGUAAGAGCCAGCCUGCGGAAGCCAAAAAGCCACAAAGUGUAAAUUUGCCCAGUGGGGAUGGAGCUCUCUACAGUGUGGAUGUGGCCAAGUGUCAGGUGGUUGAGGCGGAGAUUUCAGAUGAUGACUCGAUAGCAUCGUGCAAGUCGGACAGUGAGGAAGCGUACCAGACAGCUUCCGAGCAGCCCUCACAAGACUCUGAUGAUGAAGACAAAAUGCAAGACGCCAGCGACCGCGCCAUCACAGAACCAUUUAUUUAUGGCGAGGAGCCGACCAAAAUGGAUCGUUUAGUAUUCGAGGCUCUGAAGGACGUGCGAGUUUCGCCUGAUACCUUCCCCAACGUGUUUCGCUGGAGACACUGCGUCUCGCUCUACCCACCUGAAGAAAGGGACCGCUGGUCGGCGCCGGGCCUGGACGACAGCGUGGCGUCGGUCGCGCUGCCGGAGGAGCGCCGCUGCAGCACGCCGCGCCGGGACAGGCUGGCGCCCGUCACGCUGCAGAUGUCUAACUGGCUUCGUGUGACGGGUCCCAAUUCACCCCGCGCGGCACUCGCUUCUAACAAAGUCGGACACAACGUCAGUUUCGGCUUUUGAACUUCUCUACCUUACAGACUGCCGUUUUAUUAUAGUACGAGAUUCGGCUAAAGAAAUAUAUACCCUUAUGUGUUUAAUGGAUAACCAUCCAAUGAGCGCUUAAGAAUAGUUAAAAUUUACAAAAGGACGGUAUAUACAGAACUAACUUGCCUUCUUAAUUUAUUAACUUAUU